ACCAAACUGCGCAUGUGCAAACCGUCUAAAAAUCAAAGGCACUCGUUCGAUAGUUGUUUUUGACGAAAAUGAAAACGUGUCAGUUUGUCACUCGCGAUGAGGUAAUAAUAACAUGUUCAACUACUUGGCUACAUUGACUCGAAUCUAGGUUGUGCCUUAAGAUUUUGAGAAAAUGAACAACCAAGGAAUCAUUUUUACUUGUCAAACCCCGGCCUGGUCUGUUAGGUGUGUUUCGUUAGCGUUCCCGGAAGUGUCGUGAUGUAGCACCUCUGGGUUUAGAAACUCUGUGAGUACAGUUUGAGACCAUAGGACUGCAGCGGACGCCCUUUGCAACUAUACUGUCAAUGGCGAACGAUACGGCAACGUCGGCAAGCGGUAGCAAGGCGAAGAUGGCGGAGGAAGAUACACAUGCAGAGAAAUUCAAGGAGAAGGCGAAUAAUUACUUUAAAGAGAGAGACUACGAGAAUGCGAUCAAAUACUACACGGAGGCGUUGGAGCUCAACCCGUCCAGCGCCGUCUACUUCUCCAACCGCAGCCUGGCGUACCUGCGGACAGAGUGCUAUGGCUACGCUUUGGCCGACGCCACCAAGUGUCUGGAGAUCGACCAGAAUUACAUCAAGGGUUACUACCGCCGAGCCACGUCCAACAUGGCCCUGGGCAAGUUCAAGGCUGCACUCAAAGACUACGAGACGGUAGUGCGCGUGCGACCUAACGAUAAGGACGCUAAGAUGAAGUACCAGGAGUGCAACAAGAUCGUGAAACGGAAAGCCUUCGAGAGAGCCAUUGCUAGCGACGAGAUUAAGAGAUCAGUCGUAGACUCCCUAGACAUCGAAAACAUGAUGAUCGAGGACCAGUACACAGGACCGAAGCUGGAAGAAGGGAAGGUGACAAUGAGGUUCAUGAAAGAGAUGAUGGAGUGCUUCAAAGACCAGAAGAAACUGCAUAGAAAGUGUGUUUAUCAGAUUCUGAUCCAAGUCAAAGAACUCUUAUCCAAACUACCCAGUCUAAUUGAGAUCACAUUAAAAGAGACAGAAAAGAUAACCAUUUGUGGCGACACACAUGGACAGUUCUACGAUCUUCUAAACAUCUUUGAGCUGAACGGCUUACCCUCUGAGACCAACCCCUAUCUAUUUAAUGGAGACUUUGUGGACCGUGGUUCGUUCUCCCUAGAGGUCAUCCUGACUCUGUUUGGCUUCAAGCUGCUCCUCCCGGACUCUUUCUACCUCCUCAGAGGUAACCACGAGACUGACAACAUGAACCAGAUGUAUGGUUUUGAGGGGGAGGUGAAGGCCAAGUACACCGCUCAGAUGUUCACGCUCUUCAGUGAGGUCUUCCAGUGGCUGCCUCUGGCCCAGUGCAUCAACGGCAAAGUCCUGGUGAUGCACGGGGGGCUCUUCAGUGAGGACGGAGUGACGCUGGAUGAUCUGAGGAAGAUCGACAGGAACAGACAGCCCCCAGACUCUGGUCCUAUGUGUGAUCUUCUCUGGUCAGAUCCACAGCCACAGAAUGGCCGGUGUGUCUCUAAGCGAGGUGUGAGCUGUCAGUUUGGGCCUGACGUCACCCAGCGGUUCCUAGACCAGAACAAUCUGGAUUACAUCGUCCGCAGUCACGAGGUCAAGGCAGAGGGUUAUGAGGUCACACACUCGGGGAAGUGCAUCACAGUCUUCUCGGCGCCCAACUACUGUGAUCAGAUGUGUAACAAAGGAGCGUACAUCCAUCUCAGUGGCUCAGACCUCAAACCACAGUUUCACCAGUUCACUGCUGUGCCUCAUCCGAAUGUGAAGCCCAUGGCGUACGCCAACUCCCUGAUGCAGAUGGGGAUGAUGUAGAGGCCAAGUCACUCAGUCUGACCCUGGCCAACCACAUGUCUACUGGUACUGUGCUCCAUGGGAUCUCUGUCGCCAGGCCUGAGGAGCUCCCUUCCCCAAGACUCGUUGAUCUCUGUAGUGAUGGAGCUUUCACCAUAUGGCUGUCAUCUUACUGCUCUGCAGAAAUCAAAGGGUUAUUGUUAAGGGGAAGAAAUGGGAAUUGUGUCCAGUUCCGAUAAUCCCUCCUGUUUCUUUCAGAGUAUCCAACAUGGAGGGUAAUUAAGGCAGGAAGAGACUACAUGGAGGGUAUUUAAGGCAGGAAGAGACUACAUGGUAUUUAAGGCAGGAAGACACUACAUGGUAGGGUAAUUAAGGCAGGAAGAGACUACAUGGUAGGGUAUUUAAGGCAGGAAGAGACUACAUGGUAUUUAAGGCAGGAAGACACUACAUGGUAGGGUAAUUAAGGCAGGAAGAGACUACAUGGUAGGGUAUUUAAGGCAGGAUGAGACAACAUGGUAGGGUAAUGGUAUUUAAGGUAGGAAGAGACAACAUGGUAGGGUAAUCGUAUUUAAGGCAGGAAGAGACUACAUGGUAGGGUAAUUAAGGCAGGAAGACACUACAUGGUAGGGUAAUUAAGGCAGGAAGAGACUACAUGGUAGGGUAUUUAAGACAGGAAGAGACAACAUGGUAGGGUAAUUAAGGCAGGAAGACACUACAUGGUAGGGUAAUGGUAUUUAAGGCAGGAAGAGACUUCAUGGUAUUUAAGGCAGGAAGAGACUACAUGGUAUUUAAGGCAGGAAGAGACUUCAUGGUAGGGUAUUUAAGGCAGGAAGAGACUACAUGGUAUUUAAGGCAGGAAGAGACUACAUGGUAGGGUAUUUAAGGCAGGAAGAGACUACAUGGAGGGUAUUUAAGGCAGGAAGAGACUACAUGGUAGUUAAGGCAGGAAGAGACUACAUGGAGGGUAUUUAAGGCAGGAAGAGACUUCAUGGUAUUUAAGGCAGGAAGAGACUACAUGGUAUUUAAGGCAGGAAGAGACUACAUGGUAUUUAAGGCAGGAAGAGACUACAUGGUAGGGUAAUUAAGGCAGGAAGAGACUACAUGGUAGGGUAUUUAAGGCAGGAAGAGACUACAUGGUAGGGUAUUUAAGGCAGGAAGAGACUUCAUGGUAUUUAAGGCAGGAAGAGACUACAUGGUAAUUAAGGCAGGAAGAGACUACAUGGUAUUUAAGGCAGGAAGAGACUACAUGGUAGGGUAAUUAAGGCAGGAAGAGACUACAUGGUAGGGUAUUUAAGGCAGGAAGAGACUACAUGGUAUUUAAGGCAGGAAGAGACUACAUGGUAUUUAAGGCAGGAAGAGACUUCAUGGUAUUUAAGGCAGGAAGAGACUUCAUGGUAUUUAAGGUAGGAAGAGACAACAUGGUACGGUAAUUAAGGCAGGAAGACACUACAUGGUAGGGUAUUUAAGGCAGGAAGAGACUUCAUGGUAGGGUAUUUAAGGCAGGAAGAGACUACAUGGUAUUUAAGGCAGGAAGAGACUACAUGGUAUUUAAGACAGGAAGAGACUACAUGGUAGGGUAUUUAAGGCAGGAAGAGACUUCAUGGUAGGGUAUUUAAGGCAGGAAGAGACUUCAUGGUAUUUAAGGCAGGAAGAGACUACAUGGUAGGGUAAUUAAGGCAGGAAGAGACUACAUGGUAGGGUAUUUAAGGCAGGAAGAGACUACAUGGUAGGGUAAUUAAGGCAGGAAGACACUACAUGGUAGGGUAAUUAAGGCAGGAAGAGACUACAUGGUAGGGUAUUUAAGGCAGGAAGAGACUACAUGGUAGGGUAUUUAAGGCAGGAAGAGACUACAUGGUAGGGUAUUUAAGGCAGGAAUAGACUUCAUGGUAUUUAAGGCAGGAAGAGACUACAUGGUAGGGUAUUGGUAUUUAAGGCAGGAAGAGACUUCAUGGUAGGGUAUUUAAGGCAGGAAUAGACUUCAUGGUAUUUAAGGCAGGAAGAGACUACAUGGUAGGGUAUUGGUAUUUAAGGCAGGAAGAGACUUCAUGGUAGGGUAAUUAAGGCAGGAAGAGACUACAUGGUAUUUAAGGCAGGAAGAGACUACAUGGUAGGGUAUUUAAGGCAGGAAGAGACUACAUGGUAGGGUAUUUAAGGCAGGAAGAGACUACAUGGUAGGGUAAUUAAGGCAGGAAGAGACUACAUGGUAGGGUAAUUAAGGCAGGAAGACACUACAUGGUAGGGUAAUUAAGGCAGGAAGAGACUACAUGGUAGGGUAUUUAAGGCAGGAAGAGACUACAUGGUAUUUAAGGCAGGAAGAGACUACAUGGUAGGGUAUUUAAGGCAGGAAGAGACUACAUGGUAGGGUAAUUAAGGCAGGAAGACACUACAUGGUAGGGUAAUUAAGGCAGGAAGAGACUACAUGGUAGGGUAUUUAAGGCAGGAAGAGACUACAUGGUAGGGUAUUUAAGGCAGGAAUAGACUUCAUGGUAUUUAAGGCAGGAAGAGACUACAUGGUAGGGUAUUGGUAUUUAAGGCAGGAAGAGACUUCAUGGUAGGGUAUUUAAGGCAGGAAUAGACUUCAUGGUAUUUAAGGCAGGAAGAGACUACAUGGUAGGGUAUUGGUAUUUAAGGCAGGAAGAGACUACAUGGUAGGGUAAUUAAGGCAGGAAGACACUACAUGGUAGGGUAAUUAAGGCAGGAAGAGACUACAUGGUAGGGUAUUUAAGGCAGGAAGAGACUACAUGGUAGGGUAUUUAAGGCAGGAAUAGACUUCAUGGUAUUUAAGGCAGGAAGAGACUACAUGGUAGGGUAUUGGUAUUUAAGGCAGGAAGAGACUUCAUGGUAGGGUAAUUAAGGCAGGAAGAGACUACAUGGUAUUUAAGGCAGGAAGAGACUACAUGGUAGGGUAUUUAAGGCAGGAAGAGACUACAUGGUAGGGUAUUUAAGGCAGGAAGAGACUACAUGGUAGGGUAAUUAAGGCAGGAAGAGACUACAUGGUAGGGUAAUUAAGGCAGGAAGACACUACAUGGUAGGGUAAUUAAGGCAGGAAGAGACUACAUGGUAGGGUAUUUAAGGCAGGAAGAGACUACAUUGUAAUUAAGGCAGGAAGAGACUACAUGGUAGGGUAAUUAAGGCAGGAAGAGACUACAUGGUAGGGUAAUUAAGGCAGGAAGAGACUACAUGGUAGGGUAUUUAAGGCAGGAAGAGACUACAUGGUAGGGUAUUUAAGGCAGGAAGACACUACAUGGUAGGGUAAUUAAGGCAGGAAGACACUACAUGGUAGGGUAAUUAAGGCAGGAAGAGACUACAUGGUAGGGUAUUUAAGGCAGGAAGAGACUACAUGGUAGGGUAAUUAAGGCAGGAAGAGACUACAUGGUAGGGUAUUUAAGGCAGGAAGAGACUACAUGGUAGGGUAUUUAAGGCAGGAAGACACUACAUGGUAUUUAAGGCAGGAAGAGACUUCAUGGUAUUUAAGGCAGGAAGAGACUUCAUGGUAUUUAAGGUAGGAAGAGACAACAUGGUACGGUAAUUAAGGCAGGAAGACACUACAUGGUAGGGUAUUUAAGGCAGGAAGAGACUUCAUGGUAGGGUAUUUAAGGCAGGAAGAGACUACAUGGUAUUUAAGGCAGGAAGAGACUACAUGGUAUUUAAGACAGGAAGAGACUACAUGGUAGGGUAUUUAAGGCAGGAAGAGACUUCAUGGUAGGGUAUUUAAGGCAGGAAGAGACUUCAUGGUAUUUAAGGCAGGAAGAGACUACAUGGUAGGGUAAUUAAGGCAGGAAGAGACUACAUGGUAGGGUAUUUAAGGCAGGAAGAGACUACAUGGUAGGGUAAUUAAGGCAGGAAGACACUACAUGGUAGGGUAAUUAAGGCAGGAAGAGACUACAUGGUAGGGUAUUUAAGGCAGGAAGAGACUACAUGGUAGGGUAUUUAAGGCAGGAAGAGACUACAUGGUAGGGUAUUUAAGGCAGGAAUAGACUUCAUGGUAUUUAAGGCAGGAAGAGACUACAUGGUAGGGUAUUGGUAUUUAAGGCAGGAAGAGACUUCAUGGUAGGGUAUUUAAGGCAGGAAUAGACUUCAUGGUAUUUAAGGCAGGAAGAGACUACAUGGUAGGGUAUUGGUAUUUAAGGCAGGAAGAGACUUCAUGGUAGGGUAAUUAAGGCAGGAAGAGACUACAUGGUAUUUAAGGCAGGAAGAGACUACAUGGUAGGGUAUUUAAGGCAGGAAGAGACUACAUGGUAGGGUAUUUAAGGCAGGAAGAGACUACAUGGUAGGGUAAUUAAGGCAGGAAGAGACUACAUGGUAGGGUAAUUAAGGCAGGAAGACACUACAUGGUAGGGUAAUUAAGGCAGGAAGAGACUACAUGGUAGGGUAUUUAAGGCAGGAAGAGACUACAUGGUAUUUAAGGCAGGAAGAGACUACAUGGUAGGGUAUUUAAGGCAGGAAGAGACUACAUGGUAGGGUAAUUAAGGCAGGAAGACACUACAUGGUAGGGUAAUUAAGGCAGGAAGAGACUACAUGGUAGGGUAUUUAAGGCAGGAAGAGACUACAUGGUAGGGUAUUUAAGGCAGGAAUAGACUUCAUGGUAUUUAAGGCAGGAAGAGACUACAUGGUAGGGUAUUGGUAUUUAAGGCAGGAAGAGACUUCAUGGUAGGGUAUUUAAGGCAGGAAUAGACUUCAUGGUAUUUAAGGCAGGAAGAGACUACAUGGUAGGGUAUUGGUAUUUAAGGCAGGAAGAGACUACAUGGUAGGGUAAUUAAGGCAGGAAGACACUACAUGGUAGGGUAAUUAAGGCAGGAAGAGACUACAUGGUAGGGUAUUUAAGGCAGGAAGAGACUACAUGGUAGGGUAUUUAAGGCAGGAAUAGACUUCAUGGUAUUUAAGGCAGGAAGAGACUACAUGGUAGGGUAUUGGUAUUUAAGGCAGGAAGAGACUUCAUGGUAGGGUAAUUAAGGCAGGAAGAGACUACAUGGUAUUUAAGGCAGGAAGAGACUACAUGGUAGGGUAUUUAAGGCAGGAAGAGACUACAUGGUAGGGUAUUUAAGGCAGGAAGAGACUACAUGGUAGG